AAACAAGUGAGCUUUUUGAAUUCAUCUUUACAAACAAGUGGACGAAUUGCGUCGAGGUCUCUAUAACGCCUGUAAUUUACAAGUAGUCUGUGUACCUGCCUCGCAAUCCAAAUUUAAGUCAUAAUGUCCGAAAAGGCAGCAGACACGAAGUUGAAAAGAAAGGCACUCAAUAUAAGAGUGAGUCAUCGAAGCUCACUUUCUCCAAUAUCCACGGCCGCUGUUAGCUCCCCGAAGUCAAUUAGAGAGCACAUUAUCAUCAAAAGGUCAUGGACACGGGUCAUCGAACCUCAAUCGGACAAAAAUAAUACGUUAUUGCAGUUCGUUAAGACAUUUUACAAGCUUUUAUUUGAUCACUUGCCCGUUCUCGAGACUGUCUUCAAUUCUCCCGAUGUGCAGAGUAAGUAUUUAGCACUGACUGUGGCUCUCACUGUGGAUAAGAAAACAGCAUCAGCCACUAAACGACAGCAGAUCGAGCAGGAAUACAUGACCUUGAACAAAACAUUAGGAAUAUAUCUUAGCACGCAAGUAGUGAUAGGUAGAGUAUUAUUGCUCACUCUAAAGGAAACAUUGUCCGAGAAUGAAUACUGCAUCAAGGUGAGGAUAACAUGGGUGAAUCGAUUGACUAAAUUGAUUUUCUGCAUACAAGGUGAGGGAAUGGGGUCUUCGAUUAAACAGGACGAUGUCAAGACGCUUCUGCAAUCGACAGAAGUGAGUAAUGACUACUUCCUCGCAUCACUAAAGCAGGGAAUUCCGAUGUGCCCAGGCAUCGGUGAUGCUUGUGAAGCGAAGAAACCAAUGUUCAGGCGGGGGAGCAAAAAAAAACGCUCUACAUCACUGUUUGAUGCUAAUGGACUAGUCGAAGGGACACCACGGUCUACUACCAGUCGGUCGCCGAAAAUGCAAGCCAUCCGGAAAGUUUUUCCGAACAAUAGCUACGAUAUCAGUGGUAAAGGAACUUUACGUAACACGGAACUAAACGAGUGUUUGAAAUCUGUACAAGACGCAGAAAAUAUUGAAGGGGAGUUUGAAUCGAGCAAAGUGCGUGCUGACGGUACUACAGAAUUUUACUCCAGUAUACCUAUGAUGGAGACAGUGGUAAACAAAGAAUACAGAGGUCCUUUGAGGCGUCGUGCGAGUACGAGUGUGCAACGCGCGAUGAAAAUGGUAUCCGCAUUGGUACCUCCGAGGUUAUCGGUGUCAAGUAGCGAGAAACAUAUUGAAUCAUAAUGACAGUAAAUACCGUGUAUACAAUAACGGCAUUUCAUUUCUUUUUCAAGUAUCGUUGACAUGUCUCGUGCAUGUAAUGUUCAGCAGAUGCAAAGGCUUGGAAUCU